GAGUUAUCUUUCAUGUUAUGACGCAGGGAGUCACGAGAUUGUUUACGUUCAUCAUUUCGAGGGAAUUUCUAACAGGUGAACGACCGUCAAGAUGAUGUGCGGAGGAACUUCAGAUGCAAAACCAGCAGAUGCUGAAAUUCAGGCGAUAAUUAAUGAGGUCAAAAGUGCUGUUGAAGACAAAGUAGGCAAAAAGCUGGACACUUACACCCCAGUCUCCUACAAAACUCAGGUUGUGGCUGGAACCAACUACUUUGUAAAGGUAAAUGCUGGAGAUGAACACCUACACCUGAGGAUCUUUGCCCCCCUCCCACACACUGGUAACCCCAAGGAGCUGGCAGACCUACAGAGAGGAAAGACGGCCGAAGAUGACCUCAGCUACUUCUAAAGUUAAAGGACUAACAUUGCAGAGAUUCCCCCUUACUCCUCCUGUCCAUAGUCUAGCAAAGGUCACCACUAUCAACUGACAUUGUGAAUGUUAAGAGGAAAAGGCAACUGUCAUAGAAAUUAGUGAAUAUUCACAAAAGAUUAUGGAUUUUAAUUUACACAUGCAGGGGAUACAAAUAUGUGAAAACUGAACUUUUGAAGUAAUAAUAUGACUGCUAGUACAUGUAUUUGUAACUUGUGCAAUAAAACAGAUAUUAUUAUAUUCAGAUUUAAA